GGGUUUAGAGUGGAGUGCAGAAGAGAACUCCGGAAAGGCCAGGAUUGUAGGUGACACCUCUCCAGCUGUGCCUUUGGGUGUCCCAGAACACGAGGGAAGGGAGGAGACAGAUUCAUUCUGAAUUCCCGUCCUGCGAGAAUCUUCUGCAGAUCAAGCUUGCAGCUAAGCGUGAGCCUCCAGUUGGCACAGAAUGGCUAGAGAACCCGGAGCGUGGGCAGCCCUAAACGCUCGAUCUGCAGAAGAGGGGACUGGGCUUCUAGUGGUGAAAGUGGAACAGGAAGAGGCCUCCCCCUUAGCAGAGGAGGCCAGUUGGCUGGGCAGUCCUGGGCCUGACCGAUCCCGCCAGCGCUUCCGUGCUUUCCGCUACCCAGAGGCAGCCGGGCCCCGCCAGGCGCUGAGCCGGCUCCGCGAGCUCUGCAGACAGUGGCUGCGGCCAGACAUGCACAGCAAGGAGCAGAUCCUGGAGCUGCUGGUGCUGGAGCAGUUCCUGACCAUCCUGCCAGGGGAGCUGCAGGCCUGGGUGCGCGAGCAGCAUCCCGACAGCGGGGAGGAAGUGGUGGCACUGCUGGAGUACUUGGACAGGCAGCUGGAUGAGACACCUCCACAGGUCCCAACUGGGGAAUGGAGUCAAGAACUUCUCUGCUGUAAGGUGGCAUUGGUGACACCAUCCCAGGACUCACAAAGUAGCCACUCCCAGGCAAUGAAGUCUCUCUUCAAGCAUGAAUCUCAGGAAUUUUUGGAGUGUUCACCCUUACAAGCCAGAGGUCUGGAAAUGAAGCCUGAGACCAGGGACUUGCCUCCAACUGAGGAAUACAUGGAACAAAAGCCUGAGCAGACAGUGUGCUUCCUGGGUGAAGACACUGUCCAGAUUCCUACAGGUGCAGAAGCCAGUGAGCAGGAAGGCAAGUUACAGACAGCACAGAAGAAUGCCACGGGAAACAGGCGGUUCUAUUGCCGUGAAUGUGGGAAGAGCUUUGCUCAGAGUUCAGGCCUAAGUAAACACAAAAGAAUCCACACUGGAUUGAAACCCUAUGAAUGUGAAGAUUGUGGGAAGACCUUUAUUGGGAGCUCUGCCCUUGUCAUUCAUCAGAGAGUUCACACUGGUGAGAAGCCAUAUGAAUGUGAAGAUUGUGGCAAAGUCUUCAGUCACAGCUCAAACCUCAUCAAGCACCAGAGAACCCACACUGGGGAAAAGCCCUACGAGUGUGAUGACUGUGGAAAAACCUUCACUCAGAGCAGCAGCCUCCUUGAACAUCACAAAAUUCACACCAGUGAGAAGCCAUUCCAGUGCAACUUGUGUGGCAAAGCCUUUAGGCGUAGCUCACAUCUCCUGAGGCAUCAGCGGAUCCAUGGUGAUAGAACUGCCCCAAAGCCUCUUCAUCGGAAGGCCUGGGAGGAUCAGAGGAGGGUGGCAAGCCAGGGGGAUGAUGCUGAAGCUCCUGAGACUUAUCAGUGCAGUGAGUGUGAGAGAAGUUUCACUCAGAGUAGAAGCCUUAUUGAACAUAAAAAAAUCCACACCGGUGAGAAACCCUUCCAGUGUGAUGCAUGUGGGAAAGGCUUUACCCGAACUUCAUACCUUGUUCAACAUCAGAGAAGCCAUGUGGGGAAAAGAAUUGUCUCACAGUGAUCUGUAGCACACCUGCUAGAGUUGGUGCAUACUUUCCAGUGAGCUGAAGACACCUGGAGCCCUUACUAACUGCAGAAGAGAGGGUAUUGCCAAUACACACUGUCCAGUGUUAGAUGUUAGAGUCUGGCUGAGGUGGAUUGUCUUUUCUGUUUGAAAAGUAACUGGCGCCGGGCGGUGGUGGUGCACGCCUUUAAUCACAGCACUUGGGAGG